UCGAAUAUUAGCUGGUUACGAAAGCAGCUGGUGGACGGAGCGGAUUAUAUUUGAUAAAUCAUUCGAGAGGAGUUUGUUGCAGAAAGUGUAAGACGAGGCCAUGGACAGGACGGUCAGCCUUCCCACUCAGCCUGACAAAACCACCACAGUGACUCUGGUCGAGAGCAGCAGCGCCCCCAGCGGGCUGGAACUGGUCAGCUCCUACCAGACCAACAGAGUGGGCGACCCGAUGGACCUGGUGGCUCUGGCAGCACAAGUACAGAAGGGAGACGAUUUCAUCAAAGCCAACGCUUGCAACAAACUGACAGUCAUCGCUGACCAGAUCAGAUACCUGCAGGAGCAGGCGAGAAAGGUUUUAGAAGAAGCUAAAAGAGAUGCUGACCUCCACCACGCUGCCUGUAACAUAGUGAAGAAACCAGGCAACAUGUACUACCUCUACCAGCGGCCAUCUGGACAGAAAUACUUCUCCAUCAUCUCUCCUAAGGAAUGGGGUCCAAGCUGCCCUCAUGCAUUUGUUGGUGCAUUCAAACUCCAACACGACAUGUCCUGGACCCCCAUAAAUGACGUGGAGAAGAGAGACGCAGAGAUUGCCAUCAUGGACAAACUCCUCAGCCAUCAGACCGCCUUGCCACCUUACAACGAACCCAACUUCAAGGGCCUCUCUGAUUAAAGGGCUGCUGAAACUGGAAUGAAUAAAGGACUGGGAUGGCUUUUUUUAAAUGACGCAUGGUGGAGACUGACUGUGCUCUUAAUGGACCUGAGUUUGAACUGAGAAAAAUCCAUUUGGAAUCACUGAUAUCAAAGUGUCACAGUGUUUCAGUGACGUUCACGUGCUGUCUUAAGAGUAUAACUGUAAGUUUUAGUUUGUAUAGAGUCACAACCUCUAGGACAGUUUUCUAAAAAAAAAAAAAAAAAGGAAAGCAUUACAUUGGGCCAUUGUGCGUGGGCACGUUUACCAAAUAAAAGUGUCAAUUCUUUG